AGACGAUAAGCCGAGGAAGUGAAAGAGAUGUCACCCCCCUGCGCAAAGCACGCACUCCCCUGGAGAACUUCAAAGGUGGGGGUCCCCAUCAUCGCAGCACUGCUGAGCCUGGCGACCAUCAUCAUCGUGGCUGUCCUCAUCAAGGUGAUCCUGGACAAAUACUACUUCCUCUGCGGGCAGCCCCUCCACUUCAUCCCCAGGAGGCAGGUAUGUGAUGGACAGCAGGACUGUGCUUCCGGGGAGGAUGAGCAGCACUGUGUCAAGAAUUUCCCCGAUGGACCUCCAGUGACAGUCCGCCUCUCCAAGGACCGAUCCACCCUGCAAGUGCUGGACCCAAGCACGAGGACCUGGGCCUCCACCUGUUUCGACAACUUCACAGAAGCCCUGGCCAAGACAGCCUGUGGGCAGAUGGGCUAUGACAGCAAACCCACCUUCAGAGCCGUGGAGAUUGGCCCAGCCCAGGAUCUGGAUGUUGUUGAAAUUACAGAGAACAACCUGGAGCUUCAAGUGCAAGGCUCAAGUGGACCCUGUCUCUCAGGUUCCCUGGUUUCCCUGCACUGUCUUGCCUGUGGGGAGAGCCUGAAGGCCCCACGGGUGGUGGGCGGGGAGAAGGCCUCUGUGGAUUCUUGGCCUUGGCAGGUCAGCAUCCAGUACAACAAGCUACACAUUUGUGGAGGGAGCAUCCUGGACUCCCACUGGAUCCUCACAGCUGCCCACUGCUUCAGGAAGCACCAUGAUCUGUCCAACUGGAGGGUGAGGGUCGGCUCGGACAAACUGGGCAGCUUUCCAUCCCUGCCUGUGGCCAAGAUCUUCGUUAUUGAGCUCAACACCACAUACCCCAAAGAAAAAGAUAUCGCCCUCGUGAAGCUGCAGUUCCCCCUCACAUUUUCAGGCACAGUCAGGCCCAUCUGCUUGCCCUACUCUGACGAUGAACUCACUCCGGGCACGCCACUCUGGGUCAUCGGAUGGGGCUUUACACAGCAGGAUGGAGGGAAGAUGUCUGAUGCGCUGCUACAGGCAUCAGUCCAGGUGAUUGACAGCACACGGUGCAAUGCAGAGGAUGCGUACCAGGGGGAAGUUACGGAGAAGAUGCUGUGUGCAGGCAUCCUGGAGGGCGGCGUGGACACCUGCCAGGGUGACAGCGGUGGACCCCUGAUGUAUUACUCUAACCACUGGCAAGUGGUGGGCAUCGUGAGCUGGGGCCACGGCUGUGGAGGACCAAGUACCCCUGGAGUGUACACCAAGGUCACAGCCUAUCUCAACUGGAUCUACAAUGUCCGGAAGUCUGAGUCGUGAUGUUGCUGCC